GCUACUGCUGGGUGGGCACUUUCUGUCGCUUUAGUCUGCUUCUGUCUCUUUAUUGAUACACACACCUGUAGAAGUGUCUCCUGAGCUGAGCGUUGUAGCAGGAGAGGUCACUUUGCAUGUAGAGGAGUCUUAACCGGAAGUCCUGUGGCCAUGGCUGAAAGUCUAGAAAAGGGUCGAUCUGAGGGGACACCUGCUGCAGACGCAUAUCCCAGAAAGAUCCUGGAGUACAUGGAAGGAUUCCUCAUCUCAAAGACUGUUUUCACCUCAUGUGAGCUCGGUGUGUUUGAUGUCUUGCUGGGUGCAGAGCGCCCCCUGUCUGCAGAAGAGAUCAGUCAUGCAGUUGGAGCCAGUCAGGACGGCACACAGAGACUGCUGGCUGCCUGCACCGGCCUGCAGCUCCUUAACGCACACACUGAUGAUGGUCAAGUCUUGUACAGUAACACAGAACAGGCCAGUGUCUACCUGACCCGCUCCAGUCCUUUAUCUCUCUUCCAGUCCAUCCAGUACAGCUCCAGAACCAUCUACCUCAGCUGGCACUACCUGACCGACGCCAUCAGAGAGGGAAGAAAUCAGUAUGAAAAGGCUUUUGGAGUCAGUUCGAAAGACCUCUUUCAAGCUCUCUACAGGUCUGAUGAGGAGAUGGUCAAAUUUAUGCAGUUAAUGAACUCCAUUUGGAACAUCUGCGGUAAAGACGUGGUCACAGCCUUUGACCUUUCUCCUUUCAAGGUCAUAUGUGACCUUGGCGGCUGCAGUGGAGCAUUAGCCAAACAGUGCACGUCAGCCUACCCAGAAUGCACUGUGACGAUCUUUGACCUCCCCAAGGUGGUGCGUACAUCCAGGGAACACUUUGUCACCGAGGCCGACCAGAGGAUUAGCUUCCACCAAGGGGACUUCUUCAAAGACCCUCUGCCAGAGGCUGACCUCUACAUCCUUGCCAGAAUCCUCCAUGACUGGCCAGACGAACGCUGCAUAGAGCUACUCAGUCGAGUCUACAAAGCCUGCAGACCGGGUGGCGCUGUGUUGCUUGUGGAGGCGUUGCUGCAUGAGGACGGUUCUGGCCCGCUGACAGCGCAGCUCUACUCUCUAAACAUGCUGGUGCAGACUGAAGGCAGAGAGAGGACAGCUGCUCAGUACGCCGCCCUGCUGGCCGCUGCCGGCUUCACCAACAUCCAGCACCGCCUCACCGGGAAGAUCUACGACGCUGUGCUGGGGCACAAAGACACAUGAAACUGAUACAUGAGGGUACUUAAGAAUCCUUACUUUGGUUUUACAAUCCAUGAUUUCUGGAAAGUCACUUUUACUAUUACACUACAAAAUUGUAUUUCUUAUCAAAUAUUUCUUUAAGGCUUUUUAAAUAACAGAACACUUUCUAAAAUAAUAUUCAAAACCACGCCAAUUUUCUUGGCUAUUACUUUCUGUUCUGAUAAUGGUGCAUCAUUUUAAAGUAGUUUAGUUUGUACUAAUGGACUGCUAAAAUAUCAGUAGACCUGCUGUGUUAGAAAGUGAGAUUCUUGUUCUUAGUGAGAUUACAACAGAAUCACCAAAAAGUGCCCAACAUCAACCAUAACAACGGAAGCCUUCUCUCCUGGAUCCAGACUUGUAUUCUAGUUAUUAUAUGCCAGAAUCAAUUCUUGCUAAAUCUGUAGUUGAGGAUGUAAGCCAGUAUUGACAACAUUAAUCCUGCUGUCUGCUGGAUCAUCUUCUCACUCAAAGCCUUCUCACACAUGUAAUAUUUGUUUAUUGUCUGUCUUUUGUUCUCUGCGUGAAACUUUGAUGCUGCUGUCUUG